AUGGCUUCAAGCGUUGGACUGGGGUUUGAAUUUUGGCAAUCCGUUAUCCCAUUAAGUACACCUAACGGUGGAGUUGUCUUCCUUUGUCUGACUGGAUAUCCUCCUUUUUGGUUGACAGGCUUGAUAUAUGGUCAAGAUGGUUCUGGGCGUUGGAUUGGAGCCCAGUUCUGGUCUGGUCUGGUGUUGGGAAAGCGGGGUUCUUAUGAAUUGUCAGAUGUUUAUCAUCGACCGGGAGUUGGCAACUGGUCCUUCCUCGGUUUCAAUGGUGGCAUAAAGGAUUUCACCUCUUACCAUUUAGGCUUACCCAUGGAGAAUAGCUUAAGAGCUACUGCGCACAGUUAUCCUGUUUUCUCUCAUCUCAUGGAGAAGUUUGUCUUUCUCUAUAUCCUAUUGGAUAAUGGAAUUUGGCUGGCCCCUCAGACCACGGUGAAAUUUGCCGUUUAUCCUUCGACCGAAGGGGGUUUAGUUUAUUGGCCAUUCUUGCUCUUCUGGGUUUACUGUGGAAUUUGCCUCAUGGAUACCGCUCCUCUAGGUUGUAACGGUUUCCCGGCUUCAUCGAAGGCGAUGGUGGCUUCCAAGUGCGCUUCACGGGAGCCUGCUAACUCUCCAGAGACUGGGAAAAACCGUAAAGGCCGGAUAGAAAUUACCUUACAUCAGCGUCAGGAUUGGGCUAAAGUACACCAAAUGAACCUAUCUAAGGCUAAGGAGCACCUUGCUGCUGAAGGCAAGGCAAUCAUUAAGCAGCUGAAAGCUGGGAUGAACACAGGCCGGAUGGGACUGGUUGGACAGUAUUACUCAUAUGCUGUCCCUGUAUGGUUAACAUACGGGUUAAUAAACUCCACUCGAUGCGGGGAGUUCCCCAACCCUAAGGAGAGAACUACUGAUAGCCUGGAUUGGAAUCGUCAUUCUAAGCCUCAUCCGGAUUUAAGUGCAGCUUCGGAUGAUAAUCAGCUAUUAUGUCAUAAACAACCAGGUUCUAGAGAUUGGUUUUCACAAUGGCUAGUAGGCUUUAGCCUAGGUCGAUUUCGCUCCUGGCAACAUAGGCGUCGCAUGGUAGCAAGGGCGAAAAGCGAUGCAGGGACCCAGUCACACUCUGGAGGGUCGGUGGACCUUGCUAUAUUCAGUCUUCACCUUGCUGGUAUAUCUUCCAUGCUCGGUGCCAUGAACUUCAUUACGACCGUAUUGAACAUGCGGGCUCCUGGUCUAUUUUUACACCGUAUGCCCCUAUUCGCUUGGGCUGUAUUGGUCACUGCCGUACUCUUGUUAUUAUCCUUACCUGUCCUAGCUGGAUUACGUUCAAAAGCAAGAGUCAGAGAUACAGGUAGCCUGUAUAAGACAUGUUAUGAUGUAUCAUCCAAUACGCUAAACGAGUCUACUACAGCCCCUUUGCUCAAAAGCAAGUUAUCUCUAAGGAGAAUCGAGGGGGUUUACGCCCUAGUGAAUCUAGUAAAUGGGCCAAUUUACAUUGGUAGUAGUGUGAAUCUGGGGGUAUGUUUAUUAGCUUAUGUGCAACUUGCCCCGGUUGCUUGCGGGGGGCCUUGCUAUGGCCCCUUCCCUCUCCCUCUAGGGCCCCGGCAUACACUACUUUCAAGGAGAGAUAACCCUAAAAAGGUGGGGUGUAAAGCACCCCGGGAUAAACAGCAUUGGUUACCGUUGAAAACCAAAUGUAAUAGCCUUGUGGAUUCGCUUAGAUACACAGGCUUUCCUAAAAGGAAGCCAUUGCCCUUGUUUGGUAGCAUACCAACCACGCCUGAAUCAUGUUAUGCCGGUAGCAAGGAAACGAGUAAAGAACCAAUACUCCCCUCAUUAGUGGUCUCAUAUAACAAGAGCUCCUUGGUUGUAGCUGAGGGAUUACCAAACAUAGGAUUCAGAGCCCCCUGUUUAUGCUUGGUACUUGCGGCUUGGUAG